AUGAAGGUCACAAUCAAAGAAUGGAACGCCGUGGCAUCCUGGCGCUGGGACAUGCCCGAAGACGAAGUGUGCGGUAUCUGCCGCGUCCAGUUCGACGGAACUUGUCCAACCUGCAAAUUCCCCGGCGAUGACUGCGCGCUGUUAAUCGGGACAUGCGGUCAUUCUUUCCACAUGCACUGUCUUCUUACGUGGAUUGCUCAAGAAUCCUCGAAAGGACUUUGUCCCAUGUGCCGUCAGAAAUUCGAAUGGAAAAAGAACAACGAGGAGUCGCAAGACCCCGGUCAACCUGUCGGGCCUGCCUCGUAG